UACAAAUUUAGUUACUUUUUUACAGCUAUAGGACGCAAUGGUGGAAUAUAAGGGUUGCUGGGAUGUAAGGGUGGUAGGAAUGUAAAGGAUGCAAGGAUGCAAUGAAUUCAGUGAUGCAAGGGAUACAGAGAUGUAAAAGAUGCAGGAAUGUAAGGGAUGCAGAGAUGUAAAGGAUGUAGAUGUAUAAGGGUUGCAGGGAUGUAAAGCAUAAAGGGAUUAAAGGGAUGCCGGAAUAUGAGGAGACCAAAGAUGUAAAGGAUGUCGACACGUAAGGGAUGGAGGGACAUAAAGGAUAUAGGGUUGAGACCCGUAAGGCCCUCAAAGACAAUAAGGUAGAUCUGCACACCUUGGCGGUCGCUAUAAGACUGUGGGGGGUUUCACUUUGCUCUACAACGGUAUUGACAGCGGUGCCCGAUCAGCAGGAGGGGUGCGGGAUCUUAUGUAUGUACAGGGUGAUUCUCUCGCUAGUAUUCUCAAAAGAAAUGCCGCCACACCACUAUGAAUGGACCCAAGCCCUUUUCUAUCACCGGGUAAAUACUGCAGUUGUGCACGUCAUGGACAAUGCUGGGUCGUGGUAUCGUACCCAGUGCCUUCCACUCCGCUGGCUUACACCGCCAUUUUCCCUAGAGAGAUGCCGAGCGUUGAUGGUGUGCAAAUAUGUUGCCAAUGAGAAAUAUCAUCACCAUAAAUGCUUGGAGUAAUAUAAAUACAAAUAUUGAAUUCUAGAAAUCGACAGAUAUUUAAUAACAAUAUUACACAAUUAAAAUUUUUAGUUGUACAAUAUUAUUCACUUUUUAAUGUAUAUUGAAAAAGUAGAAGAAAAAUUUUUUCAUUAAUUAAUAAAUUUGUAUUGUAUUUAGGCCACUUUCGUGAUCCUUGAUAGUCGUAAUUUAUAAAAAUCGUUACAAAUGGUUUGUUGAUAUUGCUUGUUAACUGUUUAUAAACUAAAUGGUAUACAAAUUUAAUAUUAGGAAAAUAAAAAUAAUACGCUUUAUCUUUAUGAAUACUGAACUUUGAACAAUU